UAUAAAUUCCACCGCCCAUUCCUUCAGAAAACCUCUUCUCCUUCUCCAUCUAACUUGUUCCCCCUGUAUUUUUUUGGCUUCUUCUUCUUCCUCUGCUCCAUCCCGUUGCUCUGUUUCUGCGCUUCUCGCCUUUCUCCCCUCCGGUUCCUUUGCUCGUGCAAGAAACCGAAGCUUUCUCCGAGAACUCUGGUCCUCCCUCCAUCCUGUUUUCAUGCUUUCCCACGGGACGCUACGGCUCUUGAUGCGCCGAGACCCAUGACGUCUCCGGUGCUCAGCGAGAUCCUGCUCUUGGGGUUUAUGAUCAACUCCACCCUCCGCCGCAGGACCCACCUCGUUCAGUCCUUCUCCGUCGUCUUCCUCUACUGGUUCUACGUUUUCUCAUGAACACCCGCCUCCUCUCCUCUUCCAACCAACCCUAGUGUUCGAUAAAACUCCCCUGCUAGUCUUUCCUGCGUGCUUUUUUUUUCUUUUUUCUGGUCGCCGGUGUUGUGCUAUUUGUCCUGUAGUCAUGGCUUCUUCUAGUACGGGAGCAUCUUCGGGGUCAUCCUCCUUCGCACUCCAGAACUCGGGCUCCUCCGAAGGUUGUCCGCAGGAGCAGAACCAGGUCAUGGACCAGCGGAAGCGGAAGCGGAUGAUCUCGAACCGCGAGUCCGCCCGCCGCUCGCGGAUGCGGAAGCAGAAGCACCUGGGCGACCUGAUGGCCCAGGUGGGCCAGCUCAGGGGCGAGAACGCCCAGAUCCUGCAGAGCACGGACGUGACGACCCAGCACUACCUGAGCAUCGAGGCCGAGAACUCCAUCCUCAGAGCCCAGGUGGCCGAGCUGAGCCACAGACUGCAGUCGCUCAACGAGAUCAUCGGUUACGUCAGCUCCACGAGCUUGCUCUUCGAGAGCGACGACCAGGCGGGGUUGCUUGGUGGGGAUGACGGAUUCAUGAAUCCGUGGAACGUCGUCUCGGCGUGGAUGAAUCCGCCCGCCAUGGCUUCGGCCGAUAUUGUCAUGUACUGAUGCAAGAUGGGUGUGGAUC